GACCGCUCUCAGCUCUCAGGACCACACAUCACCCAUCCCACAUCCCACAGACCGCAGCCUUCAUUCUCUUCGCCAUAACUGUCUCUUGUUGGACUACGAGAGCUAAACUCUCUUCACUUCUUCAGCCAUCAGCAGUAUCAUGUCAUCAACCUCAGCAAAGUACACGACCUGUCUCUUGGACAUGGAUGGCGUCCUAGCCGAGGUAUCCAAAUCCUACCGCGCCGCCAUUGAAGCUACCUGCCACCAUUAUGGGGCCAAGUCCGUCACGCAGAAUACCAUCUCGGAUUGGAAAGCAAGAGGUGGAUGCAACAAUGAUUGGAAGCUCUCAUUGGAUUUGAUAAUGGAGUCCACGGAUGGUAAAAAGGAAGGUCUGACGCUGGAAGCGGUCACGGAAACCUUUGAAAAAUUCUACCAAGGCGAUGGCAGCACACCUGGAUUCUGUGACACGGAAACCCUGAUACCCUCCAAGGAAACCAUGGAAGAAUUGGCCAAACGAUCGACAGGUGGAAAGUUUGGUAUUGUCACGGGAAGACCCAAAAGUGACUGCGACAAGUUCUUGAAAUUGCAUAACUUGGAUCAUCUCGUCAAAGCCAGUGUUUGCAUGGAAGAUGGGCCACCCAAACCAGAUCCCUUUCCCGUCAAGAAAUGCUGCGAGUUGUUGGGAGUGGAGCCUUCCGCUGGGGUUAUACUGGUAGGCGAUACACCCGAUGACAUUCGAGCCGCUGUGGCAGCUGGUUGUCGAGGAGUUGGUGUUGCGACACCUGAAGCAGUGGCUGCAGCUGCUGCCAAGGGAGAACCCUUUGAUUCUUCCAUUCUAUGCAAAGCCAUGAAAGAAUGCGGAGCAGAUGUAGUCCUUCCACCAGGGUUUGCGGAUUUGGUAGACAUGUUUCCAGCACCCAACUAGCUAUGCAUAUGCAAACGUUUGCAAUAGAGUUAGCUAAUCAAGCAGGUAUUCUAAAACUUCUGUCGCAUC